CGCCGGGGCAGACGCGCCCCUUCGCGGGGAAGUCGAUGGGAAGGGAGGCGCGAAGUAGCGGCCCUGACGGGAAGGGGUGCGGGCGGCCGCGCGGGCGAAGUCGCCUCCCUGCUGCUCACGCGCUCUCUCCAGUGCUUCCUCGGCCUGAAGGCCUUCCGGAAGGAGGGCCCACCAUCUUCCACAACAGUGUGCUUUGAAGCAGUCUGCCUUUUAGAGUAUCUCCAUCCUUUGAAGGGUCAAGCUGUAAAAAUGCUCCACAUGAAAGAGGUUUUGGAUGACAUCUUGAGGAAUCCCCAGCUCGUUCAUCUACGUGAUCAAGAAGAAAAUCCAGAAACCACCCCCAUAAGAAACCCAGAGGUUCUGAGAGUUUCUCAUCAGAACUUUAGGUAUUUUCAAUCCCUGUCGGUGACAGGGCCUCACCAAGCUGUGAGCCAAAUCCAGGAGCUCUGCUGGCGGUGGCUGCAGCCAGAGAUCCACACCAAGGAGCAGAUUAUGGAGCAGCUGGUGUUGGAGCAUUUUCUGAACAUCUUGCCAGAGGAAGUUCAGAUAUGGGUGAGGUCAAAACAGCCCAAGAGCAGCAAGGAAGCAGGAGACCUGGUGGCAUGCUUGAUCCAAGCAUGUGAGGAAGAAGGUUUCUCUCUUCAGAACUUUGCUCUUGCCGAAAAGAGAAACACCAAUGAACACCAAAAGGAGGACACAGAGAUGUCUGAUAGUAAACCAUUUGUUACAUCUCAGUGUUCAUGUCAAGGAUCCCAAGUGAAGAUGCCCACAGAGACUGCUGAGGAGUUGGUGACUUUCGAGGAUGUGGCUGUGCACUUCAGUCCAGAGGAAUUACCCUACCUCAGUGCUUCUCAGUGGAACCUCUACCGGGAGGUGAUGCUGGAAAAUUACAGGAACCUGGUCUCCCUCGGGUACCAGUUCCCUAAACCUGACAUUAUCUCACAGCUGGAAGAGGAGGAGUCACAUGCUAGGGAGGAAGACGGGAGUACAGUGACAUGUCAAGAUUGGGAGGAACAAUCAGAAACCAAAGAUCUAACUCCAGAGCAAAGCCUGCCUGUAGAAAAGUCAUCCUCGGGGGCAGGAAUAGAGGAUUUGGAGGCAGGUGACUCCUGGUAUACCCACACAGGAGAGUCUUCUGAUGAUCCCCUGGAGUCACAACAGGUCAAGCCAGCGGAAGUUUUGAGUCCCACAGAAAUGAGUGACCCCAAGACCCUUGCUCAGGAAGGAAGCCACGAGGGUGAUCAACUAGAGAAAAGCUCAGAACUUAACAAACCAUUGGAGAGUCUUCCUGGAAAGGAUCCCCAGGAGCGCACUACUCCUGGAGUCUGCAUCAGGUCCCAGCUGGCCCACAACUUGUUUUUCCUCCAAGAGAACAAACACUACAGAUGUGAAUUUUGUGACAGAAAUUUUAGUACCCGACCAGGCUGGGAGAAACACCGGCAGAUCCAUACGGGGAAGAAGCCGUUUGUGUGUAAACAGUGUGGGGAAGCCUUCUACCUCAUGCCACACCUCACCAGACAUCAGAAGACUCACUCAGAUGGGAAGUCCUUGACCCAGCGUGCAGAUGUCUACGGCCACAUGAGAAUUCAGAGUCAGGACUGCCACGAGUGUUUCCAGUGCGGCAAAGCUUUUAUCCAGGCUGUGCAUCUUUUCCAGCAUCUCAAAGCCCACGAAGCAGCAAUGGCCCUGCCGCCUGAGUUGCCCCGAAACAAGAUGUAUUUGAUUCGAUAUAAGCGACAGCACGACUACGUUGGAGAAAGAGCCUGUCAGUGUUGCGACUGCGGCAGAAGGUUCCGUCAGAGUUCACACCUCAUCCAGCACUACAGGAUUCACGCUCAGGAGAGGACUUAUCAGUGCCAGCUGUGUGGGAAGUGUUUCAGCCAACCAUCCUACCUCACUCAACAUUACCAGCUCCAUUCCCAAGAGAAGCCUCUUGAAUGCCGUCACUGUUGAAAACCCUCCCGUCAGAACAUUUCUCAGCAUCUUAGGCUUUCUCCUGGAGAGAGCCCCCUCGAGUGCUCUGAAUGUAAGAGGGUCUUCCACCAGCCCGCCCACCUUGUUAACAACUUGAAAAUGUGUUGCGGUGUAGUCAGAACACAGCAAGAGGUUGCAAGGGGAUAGGACAAUCUUUUUGCAGAUGGACAGCACGUGUGUCAGUCACUGAAGCAGAAAACCUUACAGAGCAUUUUUGUUGCAUGGGAAGGAAGCCAAUAGAUUUUGCCCUUCUCUGGUGGUGUCCACAGAAUGGAGAACCUCGAUUUUGACAUCCUGGCAAAAAAUUUGUGACUGGCAGGUGGACUCUAGACAGGAACUCUGUUGCCUGAAUUUUUACAGGAGUGUUCACAUACAAUAUCUUUAUCACAUGGGAUGUAUCAGCAGAGGGCAUCAUAAAAAGGUUUUUGAGGUGUACCUAUAGUGAUCAAUCCACAAAGCUGAAGUAAUUGGUAAUGUGUUUACAUAGUAGUUCAUAAUUUUGAAAACAUUGCCAUAUGUAUUAUUUGAUCUUUUAAGGAGUGCUGCACUGCACCGAGUUUGACGAUAUUUAUUUCAUAUUUACAGAUGGAGCAAACUUGAAACUCCAAGUUGUCAUUUGAUUUGACCUGGGUUUUAAGUGACGGGGCAAGAACUGAACCCCAGCUUGGUUUGGUUCAAUUAUUUGGUUUUUGAGAGUCCAUGAGAUACUUAUUUUAAAUCUUGAUGCUCAACCCAGGUUUGUUUUAUUCCUGCCACAUCCUCUCUGAGGAAAAGUAACAGCUGUACUGACUGAAGCCACCUUCCUUUUUAGUAAUUUCAGUGUUAUUUCAUGUUAAAUCAGAUGGGGACACUUGUAGUAUUAGGGGAUCAAAAAGAUUUUUAAAGUGAAGUUCUGAUAGCCAUUGCCCUUACAAUUUAGGAUUAGAUGAAUUUUGGGGGCACUGAUUGGUGAAGUAUAUUUUUGCUAAACACUUUCUUAUAAUUGGUCUUGUAGAUCGUAAAUCUGCUUCUGAUCAAAUAGAAUUUUUUGUAAUUUUAUAUUUGAGGGUUUGGGGUUUUGUAUUUUUGAAAAAGGAAGGAAUAUUUGAAAGCUGUUUCUGUUCUUGGGCUCUGGCAUCGUCAGCACAGCCAGCUUCACAUAAAGUCCUAUUUCUGCGCUGGGCAUACUUCACUCAAAAGUAUGAGCCACGGAUUGCACUAAAAAUCCUGUUCAUACCAUACUGUUCUAAUGUAAAGGUUUUGCAUCACCAACUUGAAUGAUGGUCAGAUGCAAAGACACGGGAACCAAGUGGACCUGGUGUCUCAGAAUCUGACUCCUUGCCUGGCAGGGUGGGUUGUGUCUAUUGUUAUUCACUGCCUUGCUUUUUCUCAUCCUGCCAUUUCUGAUCUAUGAUGUGUGGCUCCAGAGUCAUGAAAUUAAAAACAAACAUGACUCAUUAGGACCUGCACCAGCCAAAUGAGCACUUGCUCCACAUGAGCGCUCACUCACAGCCCCUCUUCCUCGUUUCCCAAGUCCCUGAUGAGACAGCCCUCACUGACUGGCCCUGUUUCCUCCCAGGGACCACCCUCCCACCCACUGUAUAUUUGUUUCUGAUCCUGCCACCACUACCUCAGAGGAACAUAAUGUCAGUGUGGCUUAUUGUUGAUGUUGUUAAUUAACCUAUAUUUGUUUCUCUUUGUAAUUUAUAAAUAUCUCUCAGGACAAACUUUGAGGAGAGCUUCCAAUUUCUCCUGAAACUUUUACCUACUGAAUUGUAGCAUCUAGCAAGUGGAUUUUACCUACAGCCAUUUUUACUCUGUCAUACUAUAAUGGUGAUUUUUUUAAUUUUCCUCAUCCCUUCUACAUUUAGUAGUUAGAAUUCUGUGAGGAAAAGUUGCUUCCCUAUAUUUUUAUUCAGUAAUUUAUUUUAUCAGGAUGGAUUUGUGGCAUGGGCUGUAAUUCAACACGACCAUUACUUAUUUUAGAACUGUUCCAGCUCUGGCCACUGGGAGUCCUUUCAUGUUGGUUCCUAUGCCUUUUCAACCAGACCCCAUCCUUUUCUGAACAGUUGUAAUUUUUCCUUAAUCUCUCCAUUCAACUCCAGGAAAACCCUGUAAUUUCUUUAUGAUAAUUUCUACCUCACCACUACCUUUUGAAAUCUUCUUUCCCCAGGAUCAUAGCUUUACUCACGCCCUUGUCAGUCUGCCAUUUCAUUUCUUCCUUCACCAUUUUUGCUAAAUCUCCAUACUACUUCAAUUAUUAUUUCACACACUUUCUUUCAAUUGUGUCAUCUCUGUUUUUUUAAGCUUCAGUAUAUCUACCUAAAAAGGAAAAUUUUAGAUCAACUCAAAGUGUCUUACCCACACCGUAAUCAGAUUUUCCUAGUCAUUUCCGAGAUGUCCUUUUAUAGCUGACUUGUUUGAAUCUGGAUCCAAAUGUGCUCCAUUGAUUGCAUUUGGUUGUCUGAUUUCAAGUUUCUCUUAAUCUAAAGCAACCUCCUCUCACUUUUUCUUAAUGCCUUGUGUGACCCCAAGAAUAAUGUAGAAAUAUAUUUCCUCCCUCUCUCCACCCAAUUCCUAAUAUAGCUAACCGUUUUUAUAUUCUUUAUAUUAAGGUUUAACUUUUUAAAUUUAGAAGCACUUAUUUUUUAAUUUAUUUUUAAUUCUGAUAAAUCCAUGACAAAAUUAAGUGGAGUCACAUUAUUGUGCAGCGGAUACUCAGGGCUUUUUCAUCUUGAAAAACUCAAAUUCUGUAUCCAUUAAACAAUAACUCCCCAUUUCCCCCUCCCUGCAGCCAUGGCAACCAUCAUUCUAGCUCUCAUUUUUUUUUUAAGCUUUGUGUGAUUAUGCAAGUAGUUUUGGCAGAAACAAGGUCAGUUGUCCUGUGGAAUGUCCCCCCUUCUAAAUGUGUCCGUUUGCUUCCUGUGGUAUCCUUAAUUUGUCCCUCUCUCUGUAUUUUCUCUAAGUGGAAGUUAACACUAAACUCUGGAGAAUUUAAUUUGACUCGUCUUCAGCUGCUUUGGCAAGAAUACCUCGUAGGUGGUUUUGUGUACUUUAUAUCAUAUCCCAUCAAGCUUUUUGCCCUUCCCAAAGGUCUAGGCUCUUGAAGUCAUUCUCCAAGCCACUGCACCAUUGACAGGCAGGAAGGUUUCAGAGUUUUCACCAUGUGUGGACUCUUCAUGAUC